CUCCAUAAAUUUUCUUCAUUUCUCUCUGUCUAUAUCUUCAUUUUGAUUCACUUUAUGUACACCCAAUUUUGAAUUCAAGAAUGGGAAGGAAACCAUGUUGUCAAAAUGUAGGUUUAAAGAAGGGAGCAUGGACCGCCGAAGAAGACAAUAAGCUCAAAGACUUCAUUCUCACAAAUGGCAAUUGUUGCUGGAAAGCUCUCCCUAAACUUGCAGGACUAUUAAGGUGUGGAAAAAGCUGCAGAUUGAGAUGGACAAAUUAUCUUAGACCAGAUUUGAAGAGGGGAUUUCUAUCUGAAGAUGAAGAGAAGAUAGUUAUUGACCUUCAUGCUAAGCUUGGAAACAGAUGGUCCAAGAUUGCUUCUCAUCUCCCUGGAAGAACUGAUAAUGAAAUAAAAAAUCACUGGAACACGCGCAUCAAGAAAAAGCUGAGGAACAUGGGAAUUGAUCCUAUGUCCCGCAACCCCCUGCCGCCUCCAUCGCCGCCGCAUGAACAUACAGAAAAUCCUGUGGCGGAACAAGAACCACCAUCAGACGCGGUGAUUCAAAACAAAGACACUGAGAUCACAGUGCUAUCCACCAUUACAGAGGGCAGAGAUGAAGACAGAAACAUGGCUUCAAGCCCAUUAAUGGAGGUUAGCAAUGAGUUCGGAGUAGAUGAAGUCCCGUUAAUUGAACCCCAUGAAAAUUUU